CUUCUUUUCCCGUUCUCAAACUUCUACCCAAAGGUCUUCGAGGCGUAGACCGUUGAUCAAUCGACAUUCUCCUUUGAUACCCCAAGAUCAUACAGAUACCCUCAAGAUGGCCGAGACGUUCGAGUUCCAGGCUGAGAUCUCUCAGCUUCUCUCGCUCAUCAUCAACACCGUCUACUCCAACAAGGAAAUCUUCCUUCGUGAGCUCGUUUCGAACGCCUCCGAUGCUCUGGACAAGAUUCGCUACGAGGCCUUGUCCGACCCCAGCAAGCUGGACACCGGCAAGGACCUCCGCAUCGACAUCAUCCCAGACAAGGCGAACAAGACCCUGACGAUCCGGGAUACCGGUAUUGGUAUGACCAAGGCUGACCUUGUCAACAACCUCGGUACCAUUGCUCGCUCCGGUACCAAGCAGUUCAUGGAAGCCCUCACCGCUGGUGCCGAUAUUUCCAUGAUCGGCCAGUUCGGUGUCGGUUUCUACUCUGCUUACCUCGUUGCCGACAAGGUCACCGUUGUCUCCAAGCACAACGACGACGAGCAGUACAUCUGGGAGUCCAGCGCCGGCGGUACCUUCAACAUCAUCCCCGACACCGAUGGUGAGCAGCUUGGCCGCGGCACCAAGAUCAUCCUCCACCUCAAGGACGAGCAGCAAGACUACCUGAACGAGAGCCGUAUCAAGGAGGUCAUCAAGAAGCACUCCGAGUUCAUCUCGUACCCCAUCUACCUUCACGUCCAGAAGGAGACCGAGAAGGAGGUUCCCGAUGAGGAGGCCGAGGCCGCCGCCGCCGCCGAGGAGGGUGACGAUAAGAAGCCCAAGAUUGAGGAGGUUGACGACGAGGAGGAGAAGAAGGAGAAGAAGCCCAAGACCAAGAAGGUCAAGGAGACUAAGAUUGAGGAGGAGGAGCUCAACAAGCAGAAGCCCAUCUGGACCCGCAACCCGCAGGACAUCACCCAGGAGGAGUAUGCUUCCUUCUACAAGUCGCUCUCCAACGACUGGGAGGACCACCUUGGCGUCAAGCACUUCUCCGUCGAGGGUCAGCUCGAGUUCCGCGCCAUCCUCUUCGUUCCCAGGCGCGCUCCCUUCGAUCUCUUCGAGACCAAGAAGACCAAGAACAACAUCAAGCUCUACGUCCGCCGCGUCUUCAUCACUGACGACGCCACCGACCUCAUUCCCGAGUGGCUCGGCUUCAUCAAGGGCGUUGUUGACUCUGAGGACCUGCCUCUCAACCUUUCCCGCGAGACUCUCCAGCAGAACAAGAUCAUGAAGGUGAUCAAGAAGAACAUCGUCAAGAAGUCUCUGGAGCUGUUCAACGAGAUCGCCGAGGACAAGGAGCAGUUCGACAAGUUCUACGGCGCCUUCUCCAAGAACAUCAAGCUUGGUAUCCACGAGGACUCGCAGAACCGUGCCGCCCUUGCCAAGCUCCUGCGCUUCAGCUCGACCAAGUCUGGCGAUGAGAUGACCUCGCUCACCGACUACGUCACCCGCAUGCCCGAGCACCAGAAGAACAUCUACUACAUCACUGGCGAGUCCAUCAAGGCUGUCGCCAAGUCUCCCUUCCUCGACUCGCUCAAGGAGAAGGGCUUUGAGGUGCUCUUCCUGGUCGACCCCAUCGAUGAGUACGCCAUGACUCAGCUGAAGGAGUUCGAAGGCAAGAAGCUCGUCGACAUCACCAAGGACUUCGAGCUCGAGGAGACCGAGGAGGAGAAGAAGAAGCGUGAGGCUGAGGAGAAGGAAUACGAGGGUCUUGCCAAGUCGCUCAAGAACAUCCUCGGCGACAAGGUCGAGAAGGUCGUUGUCUCGCACAAGCUGGUUGGCUCUCCUUGCGCCAUCCGCACCGGCCAGUUCGGCUGGUCUGCCAACAUGGAGCGUAUCAUGAAGGCUCAGGCUCUCCGUGACACCUCCAUGAGCAGCUACAUGUCCUCCAAGAAGACCUUCGAGAUCUCCCCCAAGAGCCCAAUCAUCAAGGAGCUCAAGAAGAAGGUCGAGGCCGACGGCGAGAACGACAAGACUGUCAAGUCGAUCGUCCAGCUGCUCUUCGAGACCUCGCUGCUCGUCUCCGGCUUCACCAUUGAGGAGCCUGCCAGCUUCGCCGAGCGCAUCCACAAGCUUGUGUCGCUUGGCCUGAACCUGGAUGAGGAGCCCGAGGCUACCGAGGAGGCCCAGGCUGCCGAUGCGGCCGCACCUGCCGCCGAGACUGGCGACAGCGCCAUGGAGGAGGUUGACUAAAUGAUGACAUGACUGGGAAAUGAAAAAAACAAAAAACGGUCUUGGGACAUGGGAGUUGAACGGGUUAAUUUUCGAUUUUUAUGGCACUUGAGUUCACCCUUCUGCAUCUGUUACCGGCCUCGCCUAAUAACUUACAGCCUCGUUGCUCUGUAACUUUAGCCAGGACGUGGGCGGGGUCAUGAUCUUGACGUAGACAUGAAUUCCAAGGGUUAGACAC